CUCCUUCCAUCCAUCCUCCUUCCUCCAUCCAUUCAUCCUCCUCCCUCCACCAUCCUCCUUCCUUCCUUCCUCCAUCCUCCACCUCCAUCUCCAUCCCAUCCUUCCAUUCCAUCCAUCCUUCUAUCCAUCCAUCCUCCCUCCCUCCUUCCAUCCAUUCUUCCUCCUCCAUCCAUCCUUCCACCUCCAUCCUUCAUCCUCCUUCCAUCCUCCACCUCCAUC